AUGGCUACUCUAACUUGUGUUAUCGCAACUGUACCAGGCAUCUUGUCUAAAGCUAUUAUUAUAGUUAAAGUAAACAACGUUGAUGAAAAUACUCUCAUUGAUACUGGUAGCUCUAACAGUUUAAUUAAUAAAGAAUUUGUUCAAAUUCACAAAAAAAUAUCUUAUCCAAAAAUGGGCAGUUACUUUUGGCAACAAAUACCUUCAUUCAUCAAAAUUAAAAGGUUAUGUUCUUGUUGA